CCGACCAAUAAUAAUCACCGAUAACGUUUACAUUGUCAUAGCUGCAAUCUGGUGUAAAAAGUUGGUAAAGGUGGUAAACUCAACGUCAGGAUGACGUUACCCAACAAAUGCUAUUUGAGAAAUUACUAAUAAUAUUCAUCCAUAGACACUUUUAUCGAUCGUGCAAAAUUGCCAAAUGCGCAUUCUUCAGGUAGUAGAGGUACGACCUUAUCAAAAAGUACCGAUCUCUAAAAAUAAUAAAACGAUUAAUUCGAUUUAACGUUUAUAAAGUGACCUUAGGUCUAGGCUGGGUGGCAUUUGGUGUUGUGAAAGUCGCGCCGCUGCCGUCGCCGAAGAAGUGAAUGUCAAUUAAAGACACACCGCGAAUUUUACUGGAUUAGUAUACCUAGUUAGUAUUAGUUGUGCGCGUUCAACUGUUUCGUUAGCUGAAUUAUUUUUUUUUAAUUUGUUGUUAUUUGUUUAAUUAUUGAUCAAUCGGUCCAUUUCAUCGAUUAUUAGUGAGUGGUUGUGUGUGGACUAGACAUUUUUUUUAUGGAUUUAGCUUCUGGAAGUGAAAGAUCUCAAUGAAAAAAUGGUAUCCAGAAGAAAAAUCCUGUCGAAAUCCCGAGAUGAUAUUAACUUGCUAGCGAAUCCGCAACCUGAAGACUCCGAAGAUAUUUGGUAUCAAAAGGAAAAGUUAUUCAAAGAUCAUAUACAAGAAGUUUUGAAUAAGUGGACACAAAUCGACGACGAGAUAUGGGCGAAAGUUGUGGUACUAGAAAGAAAUAGGAGAGUUGCUAAGGCUUAUGCUAGGGCUCCUGUUUUGACUGUUAAUGGAUCUGAUGCAGGAUUUGAUGGAUUUAGAAUUGGUCUAUCAGGAUUCGAAAAUCCAUUGCGAGACAAAAAGACCGAAGAAUGUCGACGUCAUGUUGGUCAUGGUGUCAAAAUCAAAAUGGACGAGGACGGCAAUAUCCUGAUCAAAAGACUUUCGCGCUCAAAUGUUUUCAUAAAACACACCACCUUAGAUGAAGAAAGUGCCAUAUCCAGUGAAGUGCUCAAAUUACCCCACGGAGCUUUGGAACCCAACAAAGCGUUUACAUUGUUUGACAUGAAAAAGUUCCAAUUAAACGUAACCAAUGAACUCAAACGAGCCUACCCCAACAGACGAAGACUAGAAAAUCAAUGCUUAAGCGCCAUAGCGUUUGUUAAAAAUGACUCCGAACUGAAAUGCCCUUUGUGGAUGCUCAUCAUCAAUAUGGUUGCUAUUGAUAUGCUCAAAUCUCAAAUACCUAUGGAUCCAAUCAGAAACAUCCAAACUCGCGCCCCGAUACCAGCCCCAACGGACGAAGACGCCUACUCAGUUUGUGCAGGUUCCAAAGGCGCUAUCGCCAUCAGCGGUACCAUGACAAACGGCAAGUACCCGUCUAAUGACAGUCAGCAAAUUUACGGAAGCAAUAUGGCCCUGAACGAAACCAGCGGCUACGGUGCUAUAAGGGCUAGCAAUCCUCCCGAAUUACCUCCCAGAAAAAUAUUGGAACCUUUCAAUGUUCCGCAGCCUGACUAUGACAAUACUCGUGUGGAACCAACUUCAAGCUCCAUCAGAAGAAUACCAUCAAAGAAGAAUAAAAACAAAGUGAAGAAAGUUAAGAAACAGCCAGAUGAUCCAUACUAUUGCGGUAUGCGCGCCCGCAUCCCGAACUUCGUGGCCAAACUGACCGGCAAAAAGUUCCACCAGCCCAACUGCAAACAAUAUCAGCAACAGCAGCAGCUUCAGCAACAACAGCAGCUUCAGUUGCAGCACCAGCAAAUGUUGCAAAAUCAACCGAUCUACGGGUACCAUCAGCCGAAGACGUACCAUCCCACUCCCAUGGAGAAACAUGUUAGGAGGGUGUCGCAAGUGAAACAUCCCAACAUGUUGGCGCCGCCGCCGUCUUCUUUGUGGAGUGCCAAAAGUUUGGAUAGUGGAUUAGAUACUGCAGGAUCUUCCCAAUCGCCAUACAACAACUACACAAUGUACUACAGAUACCAGGCUCAACCUUCUAGAGGCUACAUUCCUGUUCCUCCAGGGACUGUUUACAUUGGAGAAUGGGAUUAAGCAAUAAUCGACGUUUUGAGAUGUUUGUUAAAUUUUCACUAGUUUGGUAAAUUAAUAUUCUAAGAUGAAAUAUAUUAUUUGAAAAUUUGUCUGUUUCUAGUCAAUUAAGUGAAUUUUGUUAAUAUUUUUUAUUAGAAUGAUUCUUAUUUGUAUAUUUAUGUCUUUUUUAAUUUUUCUCCUCUUAUUAUUCUAGUUUUAUUUCACCAGGUUAGAGUUACCCUAAUUUUAUCACGAUAUUUUGUAUUUUUAUUGCCAAUUUGAUAUUCUUA